AUGGAUGCAUGUCACGCUCUUGAACAACCCCAAGACCCCGGCGCUGAUAAUACAGCCAGAGCAGUUGCCGCUGCUGGCUUUUUCUUCGCCAUUCUGAGUUUUCUUGUUCUCUCUGCUGCUGGUUUGUACUGGUGCUAUAAGAAAAGGGCUCAGAAGAACGACUCUGACUCUAAGAGUGACAUUGAACUAGCUGAACGAGGCCUUUCUCAUCAUAGUAUAGGAGAUAGUAGCUCGUCCCCUGUCAUGGAAGAGCUACAAAUGCCACCGAAACCAAUCCUCAAUGCGAUGCCGGAUCCAAAGGGCGAGUUCGAGGAGAUUGACCUAUCAACCCCUCCAACCGAUGUCAGGACGUCGACUGACCAAGGCAAAAAUGCAGGGGCCUACACUGAUAACAAUGUUGAGCCCAGCUCUGCUUUAGCCUCCGAGAAAGUAUCUGCAGAACAAGGCUCUUCAAGUGAAGAUCCUGUGUAA